AUGAUCGUAACUAUAAUAGAACAUGAUAUUAAUUCUGUUAAUUUUUCGUCUUAAAUCUAUGCUGAAACAAGAUAAUAUCUCAUUUAAAAAAUAUCGCACGAUGAUAGGAUGAUAGCAUUUUCGAAAUUCUUAGUAAAUCUUAUGAUAAUCUAUAAACAUUGUAUUAUAAGUGGAUCUAAUGCACUUAAUAUAUUGGUUGAAAUGAAAGUUGAUCUAACAAAAUAUAAUUUUAAAAAUAUAUAAAUUUAAAAUACUUCAUUAUUUGGAGGUAAUUUUGCAAAAUACAAUUUAUCUAAAUCUAAAUUUAAGAAUGUGAAUAUCAAUUGA